UUGUUGGGGUGUCUGCUUUUGUCUCCUGCCUCCCACAUUUCACCACCCCCCCUUUUGCCUUAUCUCCUCUUUUUCAUCGUUUUGCUCUUCCUCUUACCAAGAAAAAUCUACUUAAGGCGUACAGAGGGAUCAUAUAGCUCUGUUGCACCUUGCUAAGGGAAGAGAAUUCGGAAAUAUGGCAUUUGCAGGAACAACUCAGAAAUGCAUGGCUUGUGACAAAACAGUUUAUCUGGUUGAUAAGUUAACUGCGGAUAAUCGAGUGUUCCACAAGGCUUGCUUCAGAUGCCACCACUGCAAAGGAACACUCAAGCUUAGCAACUAUAACUCUUUUGAGGGAGUUCUUUACUGCAAGCCACACUUCGAUCAACUGUUCAAAAGAACUGGUAGUCUUGACAAAAGCUUCGAAGGGACACCAAAAAUUGCUAAACCAGACAAAACUGGCGAAGAGGUAAUCAUUUUUAAAUCUUCAUGCCUACUAAUGCACAAUAAAACAGGUUAACACACUCUGUUAAACAUAAAU